GACGGCCGCCCUGUGGUGAGAACAGCUCUUCCGGCCUUUCCCCUCCAGGCUGAGCAGCUUGGUUUCAGUGGAGACAAAUGAACCUGGAGUCCCUUUACCAAGACCACCUCCAAAAGAGUGUCCUCAGGAUGUGUGGCCGGAGUGGAAUGCAGCCCCCCACCCUCUGGGGUCUCUCCUCACCCUCCUCUCGCCCUGAACACUUUACGUGGUUGCAUGCAGCCCACGAUAGCUUUUGCUCUCUGCUGACAACCCCAUCCGACACUUGGCUCUCGUUAUGGAACCUUUCAAACCAUAUGCACAGGCGCAGAGAGAGCAGCUGAAUGCACCCUGCGCACGCGUCACCCAGCUUCCACAGGGAUCAGCUUUGGCCAAUCUCGUCUGCCUCAUAGCCCACCCAAGCCUCUCCCCAGGCCACCCAGGCCUGGGUUACUCUGAAGUAAAUCCAAGAGCUCAUAGCAUUUUCAUCUGUAAACAUUUCAGUAUGGGUCUCUAAGAGAAUCGCUUUUUAAAAAUCAGCCAAACUGCCAUUAUAAUGUUCCCCCACCCCCAGAUUCAGCGGUAGCAACAUCUACCUUUGAAGAGGCUUUGCUAAGCUCAAUGGAGGGAAACAAUGCAAAGGAGAAUUUUAAAAACAAAUUGCUCUCCACCGAAGAUGCUCAGAAAUGAAGGAAGUUUUGUCCCUGGUCUUGGUUCUUGUCCCCGAAUGCUUCCAGAUAGAGUCGGAACAAGAAAAUCUUAGGGCAGGAGGAGCCCGGCAGAGUCCCAGAAGGCCACUUGCUGAGAUGGGGCCAGGAGGAGGUCGGGGUGCUUGGUGUCCGGCCGUUUGCUGGCAGUGUGACCUUGGGCCAGCCACUUACCUCUCAGUUACACGUCCACCACUAGUUAAGUGGCUCAGCAUCCCUGUCCCACCCCAGGGCCUGCCCACCUUGAUGUUGUCACUGUCUGAAGCUGCUCCUCCUCUAAAAGCUAAAAUUGCAAUGUCCCUCACCAUUCGUCCCUCCUGUGACUUCAUCGAGACCUCCAGUCCUUUCAGCCCCCCAUUUCUCCCAAUUUAUGGGCCCCCUUCUUGGCUUCCCCUCCUUCAUCCCAGCUAGACCCCAGGGCCCCUCCCCAUGCCCUUUGCUGGUCACAUCUCAGCUCCCUGGGCCCUCGCCCCACCACACGCAUCUGCAGACUCCCAGGAUCAGCCUCCCCCACCAGCCGUCUGUCUUCGCGGCUCUGCACCCGAGGCGGAGCACAGCUGGCAGACACCUGGCGCAGCCAGGCUCCUCUCUGAUGCCCAUUCUGCGUGGUCCUCCCGCACCGCCCCCCUCGUCCUCCACAUCCCCUUUUGAAACCGUCUCUCUAUUCAAGCCCCUCACCCAGUGGUGCACCGAUAGACUGGCGCUCAAAAAGAAAGGGUGUUUGCUGAUUUCCGUGGUGUGAAUGUUCUCACCACGGCCACCACCACUUUAAUGGCCAAGUUGAACAACCCACUCACAGAAUUCCUGCAGACUUAACAAUCAGCUCUCCUCCCUCUUACUUUACCCAGGGAGUAGAGGCCGCCAGAUGGGAGCUCGCUCAGCUCUUUGGCCACUAAGUGCAGGUGUGUCUUGGCCCGUUUUUUGCUGCAUUCCUUCCCUUUCUUCCACGUGUUGCCCCAGCCCUCUGGCUCCCAGACCUCCCAUUGGUUCGGGAAAUGCAUUCCUUCCUCCUCCUGUCUCUCUCCUGUCCCUUAGGCUGGAAGCAUAGUCCUGUUUUCCAGUGCUCACAAGACAGAAAGGACAACAAUCAACACUUCUCUAGAACUUGUGAUCUGUGCCUUCCUUCAGAGCCGAGCUUGGUGAAAAAGUUCUCCAGGUUCAAGUGUCCAGCCCUGACCUGGCCUUGCCUUCUCAUCCCGCUGCAAUCUAGACUCUGCUUUGCCCCCAACACUUGACUAAAAGUGCCAGGGUGACAUUCAGCAGGGCCUUUCCUGGCAUUCCGCUUUUCUGGCCUUUAUCGUGCUAGCCUUUAUCGUGCUGGCCCUGCCUGUUGCCCUGCUGCCCUGCAGCCCUGCUGCCAUACUGACUUUUUCAUGCUUGGUAGGAUCUGUAAAGCUCCCGGUUUCUCCUGACGUUUGGGGCAGCACCUGCCUUGCUGAGCGCCAGCAUUCUCCAGGGCUUCAGCCAGCUCUGGCACCCCACAGGCAUCCCAGAGUUACCAGCUUGAAACCUGGGCUCAGACCAGAGCUCGGAGACUUCUGGUGUGGGGCCGAUGAUGUCAGGAAGGACCAGUGUUGAGAAAAAUAAUGAAUCAAGGGUUGAGCGGGUUAAACCUCAGAUCCUCCGCUAACGGGUGGUGUGACCUCAGACACAUCAUUUCAGCCCUCUGUGCGUCAGUUUCCUUGUGUGUCAAUUGCAGGUGGUCGGAGAGGUUGAGUUAACGCCUGUGCUCGGCGCAGGACACGGUGCGCAGUGAGCACUCGGGUGCAGCGACGGCUACUGCUCGCUGGUGCCCAUGCCAGCCUAUUGCUGCUCGUUCUUCCUUUCUCUUCCUCCAGCUGCUGCCUCUGUUCCUCACUUCUCACCCUGGUUACUGCAGCGACCUCCUGCCUUCCAAGACACAUCCCUCCAAUCCAUUUUCUAUAUUUUAAAAAUUCACGUAUGACUCUGUGACUCUUCUGUUAAACCCCCAAACAAGCGUGGGAUUUGGGUUAUUAAGGCCUCUGGGGUAAAGCUAUGUCCCCUUGGCUCCAACUCCCGGGUGCCCCUCGCCACAUAUUCUCCGCCCACCCUGUGUGUUCAGCUGCUGCAGGCUCCCCGUGGGGUCUCUGCACCCCGAGACAUGCUUGUCCACACUGCUGUCUUUGCCCGUGCCCUUCCCCCUGGCCGGCGUCUUUCCUCGUAUCCUGCCAGUCCCAGUUCAGGCUCCACCUCCUUGAGGAAGCCACUUGAGUCUGCAGCUGCAGAACCCUUCAGCCCCUCCCGAGGAGGCCCUGCUCAGAGCACUGGAUGUGACAGGCAUGGUGCUGUCCAAGGCCGUCUGGACAUCAUGGAGGAGACACUGGAGAAGACAGUGGAGCACCUAGAGACGGAAGUGAAAGGCCUGCUGGGCCUGCUGGAGGAGCUGGCCUGGAACCUGCCCCCCGGGCCCUUCAGCCCGGCCCCCGACCUCCUUGGAGAUGAUAGCUUCUGAGCCCCGAGGUGGAGGAGCCCGGCAGCCGGGGCUAACACGCCUGCGGACAGCAACCCUCUGAGGACGGAGCCCCGUCUUCCCGCCUUCCUUCCCCAGCUUUGUGUGAAAUAAAAGCUUCUCCUUUGGUC